AUGUGGUAUGUGAACGUAGGCAUGAAAGUCAUCCAAACCAAUGUGUACGAACACUUCUUUGCGGAGAGAGCAAUGACAGCUGAUUACGAGAUCGUCGAGGGCAGGGACGGGGAUGCAGUGAUGGGGAAUGACACCCAUGGAGAGACCAUGACCAGAUUCAAGAAAGCCGUCAGAGAAAAGAAAGACAAGAGCGGUCAGUUCAUCAUCAAGCACAAAUUAACUCCGGAAAUACACGAAACGGAUGUCCAUGACACAAACGGGAAUGUAGUGAAAGUUACGAAGACUGUAUACCGGGCCAUCCCUGGCGAAUGGGAGAUCAUCGACAUCUCAGACCAAGGAAAGGAAGUGUGGUUUCUAUACAACGAAAGUGAUGAGGACCACAGCAUCAUCCACCAGCUCGGGUUCCCAGGCAACGCAUGGUACCACAACUCGCACUCCUCUUCGAGCUCCAUGUACGAGCGCAUCUUCGAGGCCUUCCGCACGAUGAGCAACAACCAGCUUGAGAUCAACAAUAUCAUCAGUUCGAAAAAGGCGGGCAAGUCCAGUCCGCACGAUCAAAAGCUGCUUGAUGACUUCAUUGAAACCAACAAAGCUCUACAGAAAAGGUUAGACCAGAAUUUCAAGAUCAUGCAAGACCUGCAUCUCGUCGAGAACCCGGAGAACGUGAGAUAUACCCUGGAUAACAUCGUCAAACGCAAGAUAAAGAUAUACCACCAUGCACCCGACAAGGACGGUAACGGAAACACCAUGCAGCAGGACGAAGAAACCCAAGGACGGAAGGUUGUAUACGAAGCACUUCACAACAGGCUCAAGCAAAUCCAGGAGCAUUUCGACAAGGGAAGAAGCAUCCCCCGCGAGAUCCACUCCAAGGCAAGGAAAGAGGAGAAGGCCAAAGAGAAGCAGCAGGCCAGCGCCACGGCCAUGGACACGGACAAACCCCAAACUAGGCGUGCGGCCAGCCCACCGCGCCCGCAGGGACACCGAACACAGGUCCCUAACGAUCUACCAUACUGGUGA